UCCUGUUUGACUGGCACUAUCAUCCAUCUCCUCUCUUUCUUUCCUUAGUUUUCGUUAUCACAGCCGUCAAAAUGGCCAAGGGUGAUGUUAACCAGGCCGACAAGACCGUCUUCGGCAUGCCCGGAUUCGUCGUCGACUUCCUGAUGGGUGGUGUCUCCGCUGCCGUCUCCAAGACUGCUGCCGCCCCCAUCGAGCGUAUCAAGCUCCUCAUCCAGAACCAGGAUGAGAUGCUUCGCGCUGGUCGUCUCGACCGCAAGUACAACGGUAUCAUGGACUGCUUCCGUCGUACCGCCGCCUCCGAGGGUGUUGUUUCCCUGUGGCGUGGUAACACUGCCAACGUUAUCCGUUACUUCCCCACCCAGGCUCUUAACUUCGCCUUCCGUGACACCUACAAGUCCAUGUUCUCCUACAAGAAGGAGCGUGAUGGAUACACCAAGUGGAUGAUGGGUAACCUUGCCUCCGGUGGUGCUGCUGGUGCCACUUCCCUCCUCUUCGUCUACUCCCUCGACUACGCCCGUACCCGUCUUGCCAACGACGCCAAGUCCGCCAAGGGCGGUGGUGACCGUCAGUUCAACGGUCUCGUUGACGUCUACAAGAAGACCCUCGCCUCCGACGGUAUUGCCGGUCUCUACCGUGGUUUCGGUCCCUCCGUUGCUGGUAUCGUUGUCUACCGUGGUCUGUACUUCGGCAUGUACGACUCCAUCAAGCCCGUUGUCCUGGUUGGUCCUCUCGAGGGUAACUUCCUUGCCUCUUUCCUGCUCGGCUGGACUGUCACCACCGGUGCCGGUAUCGCUUCCUACCCCCUGGACACCAUCCGUCGUCGUAUGAUGAUGACCUCCGGUGAGGCCGUCAAGUACAAGUCCUCCAUGGAUGCUGCUCGCCAGAUCGUCGCCAAGGAGGGUGUCAAGUCUCUCUUCAAGGGUGCCGGUGCUAACAUCCUCCGUGGUGUUGCCGGUGCUGGUGUCCUGUCUAUCUACGACCAGGUCCAGCUCAUCCUCUUCGGCAAGAAGUACAAGGGUGGCUCUGGCUAAGCGCUUGAUUAAUUUCAAGCUGUUUCAGUUAUGAUAUCGGGGAAAUGGGGUUGCCGGUGUCUCGGUGUAACUACCAGAUGCCGGAGGUGCUGCGGAGGAUAGAAAUAUGCGUCAAGAGUGAUAUCAAUAAUCUUGACCAUAGAAUCGUGUGAUAUUUCCUCUUGUACCAGUUGUAUUUUACUGCCCGCAAGCUUAUUUCUUUUUUUCUUCCAA